UAUCGAAUUGCGCCACGCCAUGUAAACAAAUCACGUUGAAUUUCCUCAAGUUGUGAAACAUUAAUGCUAAAUAAGUUACAACUCGGCUAUCACCAGGAGGAGCUAGUACCAUGUCAGUGCCGACGACAAAAGCUACCACGGCGACGGCAACCCACGCGGUUGUCCAGGCCGUGGAGACCUACAUUCAGAACCAGAAUUUGCUGGGCGAGAUCGCCGAACUGGACGACAUGCUUUACGAUCUGGUCGUAAUGCACAAGGACAACGAGUUGGCCCUGAAGCGGGUGCUGCAGUGCAUCCACAACCUGUUGCAGACGAACAGCAAGUGGAACGUACGCUUCGGCCCGAAGGUGUUCCACAAACUGGUCUCUGUGGUGAUUGCUGACAACCGGGAGGAUUCAGUCAGCCGGCGGCAACUUUUGGCCAACUUGCUGGUCUGCGUGCAGCUCCACGUGAGGAAGUUCCCGCGCAUCGAAGCCAAGUUCGUGCUGCAGCAGCUCUGGUCGCUCAGCCAGAGCAUUGAGCACCAGCCUCAUGCGGGCCAGAUCUUGGUCCACCUUUUCGAUGAUUUUAUCAACAACCUGGGUAAGGAUUGCGCCCAGGAGCUGCUGGCAGUGACCCAGAACCUUCUGCAGUCUGAGGUGCGCGAGGAUCGUCGAUCGGCCUAUUUUCUCAUGCACAAGUUGAAAGAGAUCGAGGAAGUGCGGACCGCCGUUCAGUGCAGCGAAAUUCAGUGGAGCGCCUAUGUGGGCAUCAUGGAGAACCUGGAGGAGCAGCAGUCGCACCUGGUGCUGCCCACUUUGAGCACGCUUCUGCCGCGCUUGGGAUUGAUGUCUAACGACUUGAGUGAGGAUUGGCUCGGCUGGCUAAGGAUUCUGUGCAUACGGCUCUUGGGCGACAACAACAUCCUAGUCCUGCGUUGGACCUUGAAGUACUUCCUGUCACAUUUCAGCUUGGCUCGGCUAUCCCGCUUCAGUCUGUUGACAGAAUUCCUGGCGGCCACCAAUCGAACGCAGCUUUACAAUCCGGAGGUGGCCGACUGCCUCACUCAGGAGCAAAUAAAUGGUUUCAUGGCGGAAUACCCGGCAGAACUUUUGCUGGAGGCCCUGGUUGCAGUUCCGUGGCAUUGUGUACCCCUGCUCCAUUGGCUGAUGGGCUGGGAGCUAACGCAGUUGCCGGUGGUGUCCAAGGAUCUGUUAUUCCAGCUAUGCGCCCGCAUUCGCGUCCUUCAAAAUACCGUUUUGCGUGGCGCUGCUAUUAAAUAUGUCAUCUUUUCGUUAAGUCACACAAUAGAAAGUCUGUCUUUGGGCGACUACCUGCUGUUCAUUGAGUCUUUGUACAACACAAUCGACCGAUUUGAAGAGCAUUAUCGGCUAAUAGACAAGAUCGAAAAAUGCACCGAUUUAGAGGAACAUAUUGCUAAUUUCAACACUCGUUGCUGCGAACUUGUCUCUCAAAUGGACUACAAGUACGAAGUGUUCGUUGCGUUUUUAAAAAGACUACGGACAGUGCCGAAAGCCAAACACGGUUGGUGGCGUCUUUUACCCAUAUUUCUACACAGGGACCUGGAUAGGCCCGAGGAAUAUUUGGAUUUCUACCGCUCUGUCUAUUGCGUAGAUACAUCAUUGCUUGAGAGUGGUGUGAGUCUGGAGGAGAUGCAGCGGCACCUUUUAGAUCGCUUAGAUUGCCAGACCAGAGAGGAGAAGUCCUUUGUGCGCGAGCACUGCGUGGAUCUCUUUGUGAGGAUUAACCUUUCAACGUGGAGCAAGUUGGCGGAGUUGAACCUUAAACCCUUGGAACUCUUGGAUCAGGGCACUGAAGCUACAUUUUCCACCUUGACAAACAGCUUGACUUCGCACAACCAACCACUAGAAGAUGAGAAAUUGUUGCCCGCUUUGAUUUCGCGGGUUGGGAAGUUUAAGCCUCGAGAAGCGCAAGACAUUCUAAAGUAUGCGGUUGACAAUCUUGGUGCAGAAGAGUAUGAGGAAUGCGUAGUGGAUGUUUUGCAAAGAAACACUUUCCUUUUGGGCACCAUGAACUGUGAAGAGUAUAUUAAAGCUCCGCCUUCGUUUGUUCUAAAAAAAUUGCUGGAAGGAGAAACCACUACUGGCGAUGCUCGCAUAGAACGCGCUUUUGAGCUAACCUUUGGCCAACGUCAGGAUCCAGAAGCCAUGUCUCGAUUGCAAUUUAUUUCUUACGCAAAGAACAGCAGCGGCUUGGAUGUUAGCUGUAUCUGUGACGAUUUGCUGAGAAUGAAUACCGAAUUAUCCAGAAAAAAACCUCGUUACUUUGCCAACUGCAAGGAGCACAGAACGAAAAUAAGAAUUGCAACAGCUCUGCUUGACCUAAGCGACAGGUGGAAAUGGUCGGAUGAGUUGUGGGAGGCCGUCCUGUGUCCCAGCGAUCAGCCCAACAUUAGCUUUAUGUACGAGUACCUUGUAUCCAAAAUGUUGCCCAGCAUUGGUCCUUUAUUGGAGCAAUUAAAGCUGCUCUCAACUCUGAAGCCCAGCCAACAAAUGUCGCUUGUCUCUGUAGUACACAUAUACUGCUUGUCGCGCUGGGAAAGUCUUAAGGAAGAACAACUAACCACAAUCGUUGACGUCCUCUUGCCUCUAACAAUGGGAGCCAAUUUUCAGACCCGUCUGCUGGCCCAGCUGGUUUUGUAUCGUAUUUGUACUCAGUGCGAAGAAAGCAGCAUGCAAAUGCCAUUUGCUAAUGCGUUAAAGAAGUCAAUCGAGGCCACGUUGGGCGACAAGUUGGAUGAGUUUCAAGGCGAAGCUCGACUUUUGUUACCCGAGCUAUGCUUAGAGUGUCCCACAUCCCAGUCUGGUGCGAUUCUCUGGAUGACGAAUGCACCAUUUGAUGAAAACAUUAGUUUCGUCAGCUGUCGAUACGCCUUUCGAGUAAAACUUGAACGCGCUCGCGAGGCGUUUAAAGUGAAAAAGUCGGGACUGACACCAGAGCUGUCGUCGCCUUUGGGGGCUUCCAACGGAAAUGUACAGAGAAAAAUGAAUCCGGUUGGAGAUAUAUACCCGGAGAGUGACUUUGUCGAUGCGGGCAAAGCGCCUGAUAACCGCGAGCUCAUUGUGGUGGCUUCCCUGAUAGACAAAUUACCGAAUUUGGGUGGACUGGCGCGCACUUGUGAAGUGCUGGGCGUUAAGACCCUGAUAUUGGGUCUGAAAUCACAGGCGGAAAAAAGCGAUUUUACCAAUUUGAGCAUGACUGCGGAGAAAACUUUAAACAUAGUGGAGGUUAAACCGGAAACUCUGGCUGAAUUCCUACUAGAAAAACAAAUGGAGGGCUACAAAAUCGUUGGAGCCGAGCAAACUGCACACAGCACAAACUUUGUCGACUUCAAAUUUCCCAAAAAGAGCAUUCUGUUGUUGGGGCACGAAAAGCACGGAAUACCAGCGGACCUCAUUGGAUUCUUGGACUACGCCGUUGAAAUCCCACAGUUUGGCUUGGUGCGCUCCUUAAAUGUGCAUGUGACUGGAUCACUUUUUAUUUGGGAGUAUUGCAAGCAGCACUUGACCAAGGAGUAGUCCCAUUUGUUGGCGCCCGAUACUAUAAUCCAAGAUUGCCUUAUGAAACUUUGUACAUAUGUACCUUACUGUUAAAGCAGUAUAAAAUAAUAAACUCUAAAAUUUUAAUAAA